CACAUCUUUGCGUUGAUCUAUGUAUACCUGCAAAGUUAAAAAUUCCGAUUUUUAGCGGCGUUUGACUAUUUGUGUUUUCUAAGAAGGGAUUGCACAAAAAAUCCUCGCUAAAACCUAAAAAAAGAUAAAACCAAAUUAUAUUUACUUUACGCAUUCAACUUAAUUGAAAUAUGUGAGACCCGGACUUUUUUUUAUUUACUUCGGUUGUAUUGAAAAUUUAAUUCUUUACAAAAAACUAUUUGCUUGGUGUAAAAUGCACAUACCGCAUAUCUAGAUACAGUUGUUUCCUAAUUGAAAAGGCUAAUGUUUUCGUUUACRUUAUAGAACCGAUCACUACUGGUGAAUAAUUGUUUCCAUAACAGGAACUGCGUAGUUUUUUUUUUGUAAAAUUGCAUCUAUGGGACAGGAAAAGUAUACGGAUUCUGAUGCAAAUUCAGCGGAAGACAGUAAUAAUUAUAGCUCAACGGCCAAUAUUAAAGUUAACUCCAAAUUUGACCCAAAAAGUAAGGACAAAAAUGAAUCUGAUUCCCAGAACGAAAGAAGCAAACAAGCUCGUUUAUCGAACAUAAUAUCUUUAAAUAACAGUUCGGAACAAAUAUCAGCCCUGCAAAAUUCUGGAAAUGAAUUCAAAGUGCGUGUUGUACCAUUAGAAAAACUAUUGGAAAAACCAAUAGUGAAUAAAAUUAAAGAAAAUAAGAAACUGAUAUCCGAAACCCAGUCUAGGCGUUUACCUGACCGUAAGAAUAGGAAUAAUUGUACUCUGAUAGAGUUAAGUGACAGUGAGGAAGACCAGGAAAAAGAAACAUCAAAUCAAAUUUCGACAAAAUCAGACGAAUUGGCUCAAAACGAAAAAUCAAAUCCUUUUGAGGGAGCGCUGCCCCGCAUAAGGCAAUGCACUGUUCGCAUAAAACGAACCAUUUUUCCAACUUCUUCAAACCUUUUAAGCCAAAAAUUGACUAUUACUAAAGUCAACGGUGGAAAUAAUUCUAUAAAAAAUAAUAGUAAUUCUUUCAACGAAAAAAGGUCACCAGCAUCAACUAGAAAAUUAGUUAUGAAUUCUGAUUCAGAUGAAUCAGACUCAGCUACAUAUGAGAACGUUAACAACUUUGACGAUCAAUCUGAAGUGGAGUCGGAUGGCAAAAGUAGUGACAGUGAAGUGAUACCAGCACGCAAAAAGAGAGUUUUUAAUAAAAGAAAGAAAAGUAGUGAUGAUGAUUCCGACUUCACACCACAGCCAGUUCCCAAAAAACGCGGACGCCUCCGCCGUGGUAAAGAAAGCAGUGAUGAGGAUGAUAGCGAUGCUAAGCGGAAGGGAAAGGUCAAAAAGGGUGCUAAAUCAGAUGAGGAAGAUGCUGAUGAGAAAAAUAAAAAUAAACGCAAACAUAUCCGCAAAAUUAUAAAAACCAAGGAUCUAGACAUUACCACAAAAAAUGCAACUAAAGAGGAAGAAGAGCGACGCAAACGUAUAGAGGAACGUCAAAAGUUGUACAAUCAAAUUUACGAAAAGCCAGAAAAUGUUGAGGUCACUGAAUUGGUGCUGGACUUUGAUGAGGAAACUAAAAAACCUUUGCUAGAAGUUGAUAGAGGUAUUUUAAAAAAGUUAAAACCUCAUCAAGUAGCUGGUGUGAAAUUUAUGUGGGAUGCUUGUUUCGAAACAAUGAAGGAGGCUGAAGAUAAUGCUGGUUCCGGUUGCAUUUUGGCUCAUUGCAUGGGUUUGGGAAAGACAUUACAAAUAGUAACCCUUUCCCACACUUUAUUAGUAAAUUCAAGACGAACCGGAGUAGAACGCGUUCUAAUAAUAACUCCUUUGAGUACACUCAAUAAUUGGGCACGUGAAUUCCAUCACUGGAUUGCAUUUGCUAAUAAACGUAAUGUGGAAGUAUAUGACAUGUCCAAGUACAAGGACAAGCCAACCAGAAUUUUCAAAUUAAACGAAUGGUUCGAAGAGGGUGGAGCAUGCGUUAUAGGCUACGAUAUGUAUCGUAUAUUGGCUAACGAAAAGGCAAAAGGUUUACGCAAGAAACAACGUGAAAUAUUGCAGCAAACGCUAGUGGACCCAGGUCCAGAUCUAGUUGUUUGUGAUGAAGGUCACUUACUUAAAAACGAGAAAACCUCCAUUAGUAAGGCUGUUACUAAAAUGCGAACUAAAAGACGAAUUGUUCUAACUGGUACACCACUUCAGAACAAUCUUAAAGAAUAUUAUUGCAUGAUUCAAUUUAUCAAACCGAACCUUCUUGGCACAUAUAAGGAGUAUUUAAAUCGGUUUGUGAAUCCUAUAACCAAUGGUCAAUACACAGAUUCGACUGAGCGUGAUAUUCGUCUUAUGAAGCAUCGAUCCCACAUUUUGCACAAAAUGUUGGAAGGAUGCAUUCAGAGACGUGAUUAUUCGGUGCUGGCACCAUAUUUACCGCCAAAGCACGAAUAUACUGUGUAUACAACUCUCUCGGAUCUGCAACAGCAGCUAUACGAAUAUUACAUGACGACUCAGCGCGACCUUAGUGGCUCUGAUAUUAGCGGAAAAGGAGCACGUUUAUUUCAAGAUUUUCAGGAUUUGCGCCGAAUAUGGACUCAUCCGAUGAAUUUACGAAUGAAUAGUGAUACGGUUAUUCGUAAACGACAGCAGGCUAAUGACUCAGACUCAAUGGAGGAUUUUAUUGAUGAUGAUGAUGAUGAUGCUGAGAGUGACACCGGUUCAGAAACGUCUGUGGAUUCAUCAAAAUCAUUCGCCAGCGGCGGUGGUGGUAGUGGAACUGGUGGUGUACAAAGUAGAAGUAAAUCUGCCCGUUCAUCCGGUCGCAAGCAGAUAGAUAAAGAUAGUGAUAUUGAAGAAUUUGAACCGCCACAACCAGAAGCUGAUCCAUCAGAAUGGUGGAAACGUUUUGUGGAGGAAAAGGAGUUGAACAAUAUAAAUCAUUCCCCGAAACUGGUGAUACUGAUGAACUUGCUACAAGAAUGUGAGGUUAUUGGUGACAAACUUCUGGUGUUUUCGCAAUCCUUACAAUCUAUCGAUGUAAUCGAACAUUUUUUGUCAUUAAUAGACAGUAGGACUAAAGGAUACGAAUAUGAAGGUGAUGUCGGCGAUUUUAAAGGUUGCUGGCAGCCGGGAGUUGAUUAUUUUCGUCUUGAUGGCUCAUGUUCCGUCGAGAGUCGUGAAGCGAUGUGCAAAAAAUUUAAUGAUGUUAACAAUUUGCGUGGUCGUCUGUUUCUCAUUUCAACACGAGCUGGUGGCUUAGGUAUAAACUUGGUUGCUGCAAAUCGUGUUGUCAUAUUCGACGUUUCUUGGAAUCCUUCACAUGACACCCAGAGCAUUUUUCGAGUGUAUCGUUUUGGUCAGGAAAAGCCUUGCUAUAUUUAUCGACUCAUAGCCAUGGGCACAAUGGAGCAAAAGGUAUAUGAGCGUCAGGUAGCAAAACAGGCAACAGCUAAAAGAGUUAUAGAUGAACAACAAAUUUCUCGUCACUACAAUCAAUCUGAUCUACAGGAACUUUAUUCUUAUGAGUUGAAACCAGCAAGUGAACGGGAAAUACCUAUUUUACCAAAAGAUCGGUUAUUUGCAGAACUACUCAGUAAACACGAAUCGAUGAUAUUUAAGUAUCAUGAACACGAUUCGCUUUUAGAGAACGAAGAAAGCGAGAAUCUUAAUGAUGCUGAACGCAAGGCAGCUUGGGCAGAAUAUGAAGCAGAAAAGACACGUAGUGUUCAAACUGCACAAUAUAUGUCAUAUGAUCGCGGUGCUUUCGGCGGUCAAUUAGGUAAUGCAACCGGUGGAGUAACAUCAAACCGCAUUUUUGGUUUUCGUUCGGAUGUACUGUUACAGUUACUCAAUAUGAAGAUCGUCAAAGAUCAUCCAGAAAUAACGCAUACUCAAGCUCUACAACUUGUUCCCACAUACUUGCAACAUUUAUAUACCGAAAUGAAUAACAAUAAUCCUACAAUGUAUAAAGAGCUGUUGUCAUUACACGCAACACUUGCCCAUCCAAGUGGAAUGUAUAUGAGUCCACUUUUGUAUGCAAAUCAAAAUCCAAAUGCAGCAGGAUAUUUCCAAUCUUCUAGUGGACAAGCUGGACAACAAGUGCCAGUUGCAAUAGAAAACCCGCCAGUUACUCCAUCUGGUCCUGCCCCAUCCGGCUUCAAAGAGAAUGAGGUAUACGAGAUUGAUUAAUUAGUGACUUCUCGCUCCGUUCUCUUAAUAUUAACAAAUAACUGAAUAAGAAAUGCACCGAGAAGAAUGACAGAUCUGCUGAAUGCUGAUUCUGAAUGAAAGAAAUCGCUGAUUAAAUUACUUACGGUCCUGAUUAUAUCGGUAUUUGCUCUCAAUUGUAGUAACAAUUAUGUAGUUGCCACCAUAAGCACACCAAUGAUAUGUUAUAUAUAUGUUAAAAAUACCAUCUUACUGAGUGCGUAGAAACAACUUCGAAAAUAUAACAUUUAAGUUCAAUUUUUGCAUUGAGGAUAAGUAUAAGAAAAUACAUAUAUAAUUAAUAACACAUAAAUAUUCGUACAUAGAUCGUUUUUUUGUUUUGUUUUUGCAAACAAAUGCAAGCACGUGAAAUAAUUUGAGUGACUUUAUUCAAUAAAUAAUACAACCAAGAAAAAUGUUGAUAUGGUCAUUAUGCCUUGCUAAAGUGAUGCAUCUUUACAUCUUACGGUUUACAUAAUAUUGAUUUAUUGCGCGUAAACCGAUAAUCACGAAAUAAAACAAAUUUGAGGUAGUAAAUUAUUUUCCGCGAAUUUGUCAAGCUCACUUAUAUAAUAAUAUUCCACCACUUAACUAUUUGAAAGUAUUGUCAAAGACGAAAAUCAUCGUAUUGUUCCUAAACCACAUAGAUUUUAGAUAUACUUUAUCUAAUUUUUUUCCUGAUGUUUGUAAUGCAUGUUUUCAAAACUAUUCGACAAAAUUAUAACAACCAUAUAUUAUUGAUGGAGAUCAAAAAUUUCCGUGAAAUCUGUCCAUCGCAUGAAUAUGGUCGUAAAUUGGCGUUUUUACUUUGGUCAAUCACUAAUUGUUUUCGAACAUCAAAACAUUAUACAUGUUUCAUAUCCCAUGCACAAUAGAAAUGUAUUACUUUUGAUUUAAUUAUGUGUCUAUACCAUUGUAUUACUUUUAAAUAUUAGGCUGCUUUGAAUUACCCCUUCCUAAGAAAAAAUGUCAUAAUUUAUAGGUAAACAUGUCCUUUUUUAUUUCAGAAUCAAAAUAAAUUUUAUGGAAAAAUA